CGCCCCGGAAGAGCUGCGGGCUCCGCCUCCUGCCUCGCCUGUUUGGCCUGAGGUGUGCAUCCGCCUUGUGGAUUGGUCGUCGGCCGCGUCACUCCUAGCAGCCCCGCUGACUGAUUGGCGGCGGUCCCGCGGAGCCCGGGCCGAGGCGGUCGGUGGGCAGGCAGGCGCUAUGGCGGCGGUAGCCCAGUGCGUGCGGGCCGCGCUGCGCCCGCGGUACCCGCUGCUGAGCUUCUCCCUGAGGACUUCUCCGCGACUGCUUUGUGUAGCAACACAACAGAAAAAUACUGGCCAGAACUUGGAAGAGGACCAGAGUCAGAGCCAAAAUGAGCAGAAGGUUGAACCCAGCUCUGCUGAAAAGAUGUUACAUGAAGAAAAGACUAAACUGGAAGAACAACUAAAAGAAGUUACUGAGAAGUACAAGCGUGCCUUGGCAGAUGCAGAAAACGUGAGGCAAAGAAGCCAGAAACUGGUAGAAGAGGCAAAGUUAUACGGGAUUCAAAGCUUCUGUAAGGACUUACUAGAAGUCGCAGACAUUUUGGAGAAAGCAACAGAAAGUGUUCCAAAAGAAGAAAUUAAGGAUGAAAAUCCUCACCUGAAGAGCUUAUACGAAGGUCUCGUUAUGACAGAAGUACAGAUUCAAAAAGUGUUCAAAAAACAUGGCCUGCUCAGACUGAAUCCUGUCGGAGCCAAGUUUGAUCCCUAUGAACACGAGGCGUUGUUCCACGCCCCUGUGGAAGGGCAGGAGCCGGGCACUAUUGCAUUAGUAUCCAAGAUCGGCUAUAAGCUGCACGGGCGUACGCUGCGGCCUGCCCUGGUGGGUGUUGUGAAGGAAGCUUAGCUGCUUAAUCCCAGAGUUGAAAAUGCCAUACAACUAUUAAACAGCUGGAUGGUUUUCCUCAUACACCGUGCUUUCCUCAUUCCUCUGCCCCCUGCCUGAGAGGUUUAAAUGAACUGGUUGAGGUCUCCCAGUGAAAAUGAUGCAGUUGGUGAAAUUCUCCUGCUUAGUGGCCUUCACCAUCACUGUUCUGUAAGUUCCCUUCCUAAGUGUGAAAUACAAAAGCUAUUACGCCCUCUCAUGCUCCAGCUUAGAUAACAGUUUUUACAACUAUUGCUACUGAAGGUGCGCAAAAUUGAAAGGAAUGAAAUGCUCACAAGAAUUUUGCAAUCCUCCGUUUAUCACUGUGUGUAGAUUGAAAAUCCAAAUAGUGGUUCAAACAUGUCCUUUUGUUUUUUAGAAUCUAACAUUGCAGAAGUGGGUGAAGUAAUAGAAAUAACCCAUUUUCUGCAAGUGUCCAUCAGCUUUUACACACUCGUGGUAAAUGCCCUCUGUCUCUUCAGAAACAGUCUCAACAACUGAAAUUAAAACCUUUGUGAAUUCUGACCUGUAAAUAAAAGGCAAUGGAGAGUAGAUAUAUUUUGUAAUUGUUCAACCCUUUGUGUUCUAUAGUAAUGUUGCUGCAAGAAAACCAUCUAAUACUUGUAUGGCAUUGAAGAACCAAUGGAAUUUAUCCUAUCUCUGGAUUUUUAAUUUAAUAUUGUAUAAAUUGGUUUAAACAA